UAAUCAAUGUCUCUCUCCCAUAUCUGAGAAAAUAGAGAGAAAGAAAAGAGUCAUUUUUUAACGUUUCCAUUUCCAAUGUUUUUCGUCGUUUUACAUAUCUAUUUCAGAAAACGUGAGCUUAAAUUUUAAGGAAAAAAAAAAGAAAAAAAGGAAAAUAAUAAGAACAAGAAAUGAAUCUGCUUUAUGUGUUAUUUUUCGAAACGGAUCGGUUUUGAGAAUCUCUCAUUUCCCUGUCUCGGUGAGUGCACCUCCGAUCUCUAACCUCAGAGCGAUUUAAGGCGCAUGUCGUUUCAGCAACUCCAUGUCUAUAUUGGAUUUUUGAAGCUGGAUAUUCUUGUAGGAUUCAUCAUGAAGUGUGACCAUCCAUUUCCAGCCACAAGCUGGUGAAUAUGGAAGAACGGAAAGUUCAAAAUGGAACAUAUGAUGAAUAUGCUGCAAUGAUGGAAAAUUUCGGUGACAUGUCUCAAGGCUAUCAGAAGUCAUCUCUGUUGGAGUGGAUAAAUGAUUUGCUUCCUCAUCUGUGCUUGCCAAUUGAGGCCUCAACAGAGGAAUUGAGGGCAUCCUUGAUUGAUGGGACUGUUUUAUGUAGCAUUUUGAAUAAAUUAUGUCCUGGCUCACUUGAAAUGGUACCCAGUUCUGAUCCAGGUGUCACAAAUGUCAAAAGGUUUUUGGCAGCUGUGGAGGAAUUAGGUUUGCCGAGCUUUCAAAUUGUAGACUUAGAGCAGGGAUCUCUGGUGCCAGUUUUACAGUGCCUUGGUACACUUAGAGCGGCUUUUGAUUAUGGUGCUGGGGAAGAUAAAAACGGAUUUCACACAAGAAAGAGAUGGGAUUUGUCAGAGGUAGAAUCUAUAAAUGGAUUUGAUGGUUUACAAGAGGAUUUAUCUACGUAUGGACAAUAUGCUACCCAUAAAGAAGAAAUGCUAAGAAAAUUAGUUGGUACCGUUCUCCAACCUGGUCCUCGGGAUUCUGUUACAACAGACCUAUCAGCUACUUUUACCCAUCAGACUGCACAGAAAUUUCACGAGCUAUUGUUGAAACAAGGGUGCUAUGCUGAUCUUUCAGAUGCCAAGAUUUUGGAAAUCAUCAACUCAUAUAGUUUUGACAACACAUCAACUCAGUCACUCUGUAACGCAGUCAAUCAGAUUUUGGAAGAUAUCAUCCAAAGAAAAAAUGGUGAUCUUUCUAAUCGUGUUGCAUAUCUGCUGAGAAAAGUAAUGGAUGUGAUCCAGCAGCGUAUCUCAAAUCAAGCAAAGAACUUGAAAAAUCAUAACAAUCUCUUCUUGGCUCGUGAAGAGAAGUAUCAAUCAAAACUUAGAGUACUUGAAAGCCUUGCAUUAGGGACAACUGAAGAGAACGAGGUUGUCUUGGACCAGCUUCAGCUUUUAAAGUAUGAGAAAAUGAAGUUAGAGGAGAAGAAAAAACUUGAAGAGAAGGAUGUUGAGAAAAUAAGGGGAGAGAAAAAUCAAUUUCAAAAUGAGAUUUCAAGACUUAAAGAAGAACUAGAAUCAACCAUAAACAAACAUGAAAGUCAUUGUCUGCAGUUAGAGGAAAAUGCCAAGGAAGAAAAAAUUCAAUUGGAGCAGAAGUUAAAGGAAUUUGAGCAUGAAUUGAUAGAUUCAAGGAAAAAGAUGAAAGAAAUAGAGUCAUUCGCAGAGUCUAAAUUACGGAGAUGGAAAAAGAAAGAGCGUACUUACCAGAACUUUAUAAAUUUCCAGUGUGGAGCGUUGCAGGAUUUGAGGGCUUCAAUGGAGUCCGCAAAACAUGAAGUCUUGAAGACGAAAAGAAGUUACUCCGACGAGUUUAAUUACUUAGGAGUGAAGCUUAAAGGACUUGCGGAUGCUGCUGAAAAUUAUCAUACAGUUCUUGCUGAAAAUCGAAGAUUGUAUAACGAGGUUCAGGAUUUGAAGGGUAAUAUAAGAGUGUACUGUCGAAUAAGACCAUUUCUUCCAGGACAAAGUAAGAAACACACCACAGUAGAGCAUGUUGGUGAAAAUGGUGAAUUAAUAAUUGCAAAUCCCUCUAAACAAGGAAGCCACAGACUAUUCAAAUUCAACAAAGUAUUUGGUCCUACAGCUUCUCAAGAGGAGGUUUUCUUGGACACUCAACCAUUAAUCCGUUCUGUGCUUGAUGGAUAUAAUGUGUGUAUAUUUGCCUAUGGUCAAACGGGGUCAGGAAAGACCUAUACAAUGAGUGGGCCUAGCAUAUCAUCAAGAGUGGACUGGGGAGUCAACUAUCGUGCAUUGAAUGAUCUUUUUCAACUUUCUCAGAGCAGGAAGAGCUCCAUUGCUUAUGAAGUUGGUGUUCAAAUGGUUGAGAUAUAUAAUGAACAAGUUCGUGAUCUACUCUCGAAUGAAAGUUCCCAGAAAAGACUUGGGAUUUGGAGUACAGCCCAACCAAAUGGAUUAGCUGUUCCUGAUGCAAGCAUGCAUUCUGUUAAAUCAACUAAAGAUGUCCUAGAAUUGAUGCAUAUUGGAUUAAUGAACCGAGCAGUUGGUGCAACAGCACUCAAUGAAAGAAGUAGCAGAUCCCACAGUGUUCUCACUGUUCAUGUUCGUGGUACGGACCUGAAAACAGAAAGUAUUCUACGUGGUAGCCUACAUUUGGUAGAUCUCGCUGGCAGUGAGAGGGUAGAUCGCUCUGAAGCAACUGGAGAGAGGCUUCGGGAGGCACAGCAUAUAAAUAAGUCACUAUCAGCUCUUGGAGAUGUCAUUUUUGCUUUAGCACAAAAGAAUUCUCAUGUGCCAUAUAGAAAUAGCAAAUUAACUCAAGUACUUCAGAGCUCUUUAGGUGGUCAAGCAAAGACUCUUAUGUUUGUACAGCUGAAUCCUGAUACAGAAUCCUACUCUGAAACUAUAAGCACUUUAAAGUUUGCAGAGAGGGUUUCUGGUGUUGAAUUAGGUGCUGCACGGAGCAACAAAGAAGGAAGGGAUGUUAGAGAUCUUAUGGAACAGGUGGCAUCCCUUAAAGAUGUUAUUACAAAGAAGGAUGAGGAGCUUGAGCAGUUACAGAAGACUAAUGUCAAUGGUGUGAAGAGUAGUAUGAGCGCAACAAGAUAUAGGUCUUCAUCUCCAAGAAAAUAUUCAAUGGGGACUCCUCGACAGAACAAUCGUUUAUAUGGAGGGAAAGGAUCAGGGCCAAGUGAAAAAAAUUCUGAUAUGGACAACUGCUCAGAAUAUAGUGAGAAGCAUUCUGAAAGUGGUUCUCAGCAGUCAAUCGAAGACUUGAGAAAUCAGAAAGAAUUCUCCUCUCAGUUGAAGCUUUUAGGAGAUGCAAAUCAGAACUUAAAUGAAGACUUUGAUCUUUUGGGCUUUGGGGAUGCAGAUUCUGAGGAGAGAUUAAGUGACAUAUCUGAUGGUGGUCUUUCAAUGGGAACAGAAACUGAUGGUUCAAUAGCCAGUGUUGUGGAGUUCACUCUGUUCCCGGAAUCUGCAAAAACAUUUGAAAAUACAAAAUCUGAGAAUGCACAAACUGAACAAAGUAAAGCUGAGAAGGUACAAACUCAGAAAACUCCCACUGAGAACAAUCGACUGGAAAGAACACAAUCUGAGGUCAUGGAGAAGCCAACUAUACCAUCUAGGCUUCCAAAGCCUCCACAAAAGUCAUUGUCAGUGAAAUCAUCUCGAUUGUCACUGACCACCAGAAGUUCAUCCAAGGUUUUGUCAGGUACGUCAGGUGCUAAGAAGCCAACUACAGGCAGCUCCUCAGCCUCGAAAGCUGCCAAACGAUGGCAGUAAUUGGCAUUUCGGAUAGGAAUAGUCAUUAGACCUUUGAUUUUCUUUCUUUUUGCAUGGUGCACUGAUGCUAGGAACAUGUUAUAGUUUGUGUUUUGUAUUCCAGUUCUCUUCUGUUGCUUCCAUUUGUCUGAUAUUUGAAGAGGCAAUUGGAAACUUGUAAAAAUAUGUACUUCAAUGAUCAUAAUGUAAUUUGGUUCUCAUGAUUUAUAUAUAUGUAUAUUUACAUAUAAACGUUUAAGAUUA